CGGCAAGCCCGCAGGGAGAAGGGUCAGUAUAAGCAGGGAAGUGAACGGGAGUGUGUGUCCAUGUCAUUUUAUCUCUGUCACUGGUUCUAAAGUGAGAUAUUUUUUUUUUUUUAAGCAAGGAAGAAAGACUUAAGAGGAAACAUGACCAAGAAAGACGAGAUGGAGGAAUUUAUAACGCAUUUGGAUCCCAGCACUGCCUGUGAGUCUGGGUACCUGCCUACCCAACAGGAGUACAUGGAAGCGCUGGGUCCCUACGGCACGGCCAUCACGGCGGUGGGCAGCCUGAUCACGGUGGUGCUGGUGGUGUUCUACAUAGAGCACAUCGUCUUCACCUUCAGGAACACCCACUCCGUCUUCAGGAGGCACAUCAACUGGAUCGCCUGCUUCUAUCCGAUGGGCGCCCUAAUGUCCCUGCUGUCUUUAAUUGUCCCACGAGCCUAUAGCAUCUGCCUAGCUGUUAAAAUUGUCUUUUUUUCAUUAGGCAUCAGUCAUUUCACGGAUCUUACGGUGGAAAUGUUUGGGUGUGAGAAGGCGAUGCUGGCCAAGCUGAGUGGGUCCCUUCUUCAGCGUGUGCCCCAGCUUGUGUCGUUGCCCUUCCCCCCCGCGUUUUACGAAUGCGGAGUACGCCUCCGCCUGGUGAAGUGGAUGCUGUGGCAGUUACCUUACACCCAAACUAUCUACUUCUUCUUCGAAAUGUACUGGACGAGGGCUGAAAGUGAUCCGAUAGGGCUGAUAUACUUCGGUUACGCAUACCUGGUGCUGGAUUUCCUUAACGCCCUGUCCUUUCUCACGGCCAUCUACGCCCUGACGGUGCUGACCAGGCUGGUGGGGGAUGUUCUGCAGCCCUUCAACUAUAAGCGCAAGGCAGCCACUCUCCUCGUCUUCCUUGUGGUGCUCAAGGUUCCAGGAUUCUUUAUGACGGUUUUGGGCAACUAUGGACACUUCCCUUGCGUCCCGCCAUACAUAAACUCCAUGAUGUAUGCCCACACCGCGGUGGGCCUGGUGCACCUGUGCCUCAUCCCGCUGUUUGGCGGGCUGGAGUACUGGCAGUAUCACACCCUGGAGUUCGUGAGUCCCAUCUCAGACAAGCACCACAAGCACUCCCACGAGCUGAUCAUCCACGGCCAGGCCUGCGUGUGCAUCAUUUCCGAAAUGAACAACGUGACCAAGCCGCCCCGGAGACUCAGCGGCACCCUGCCCCCCAUCGUGCUGGAAAACAAGAUGGCGUUGGACCCCCAGUACUCGUCUGACGAGGGGCAGAACAACAAUGACGGAGUCGCCAACCUCUCCGCAGUUGUUGGUCGCUGAUCUCCCUGUUUUAGUUUGUCACUAUUUCUUUUCUUUUUUUUUUUUUUUAAUUGGAGUGUUAGCUUUGAUGGCGAUGGAGUAGGAAAUUUUUUGUUUCUUUUUUUUCCUAUUUCUUCCUUUCUUCCUUCUUUAUUUUAUUUACUUUCUGUUUACUUGACUGUUUCCUGUUUUUCUUUUUCUCUUUUUUUUCCUUUUUUUUUUAGGUUAGUUUGCCCAAAGAAAUGGUUGGCGAAUUCCCGAAGAAACGGCAGGAAAAUUCCCGUUUUCUUAUAAUUUUUACCUUUUAUUUGUCACCUGUGUCUUAAGAAAUAACUGGCUUGUUUUUCAUUAUUCACUUUUACCUUAUUGCCUCACAUAUCAUCAGGAAUAUCUGGCUCAUUUUUUUCAUUCUUCAAAUUUUUUUUUCUUUCACUCAGAGAAGAAAACGCCCAAACAAAUUCCCGUUUUCUCUUAUGCCUCAUAGCGUUUUCUUUCACUGUCAUGGUAAACUUGCUCAUCGUCACAGUUUUACCCAGAACAGUAAUAUAUCUUCUCCCAACAACCUCAGAUGCCUCAAGGACACAUGAAGAAACACACGCAGGAUAUUUUUGUAUAAUAUUUCCACCUUUUUGUCCUCUCGUGUUUACUGUUUGCCUAUUGUUGUAUUAAUAUUGCAUGUUUUUUAUUGCGUAAAGCGAAUCAAAUGUUAUAUAAUUCUCUCCCUCUCUCUCUCUCUCUCUCUCUCUCUCUCUCUCUCUCUCUCUCUCUCUCUCUCUCUCUCUGAUAUGUAUAAACGUGAUUUCAAAAUAUGUAUUCAGACUUUACGGUUCAAAUAAUUGUUGACUUAAAUAGUUUGUUGUCUUUCUUUUCAUUGCUUUUCUUUAUUUUCUUUAUUCUUUAUACUCACCAUCCUUCCGCCAGAAAAAAAAAGGUUUAUUCGUAAAAAAAAAAAAUGAAAUACUGACCUUUUUUGUAUAAAUUGGCAUUAGUUUAUUGAAACGUUGAUGUAAAUAGUUUAUCCUUCUUUUCAUUACUUUUCUUUAUUCUUUACACUUCCCAUCCUUGCAGCAGAAAAAAAAAUAAUAGAAUACUCAAAUCCUUAAUCUUAAUCUUGAUCUUGAUAUAUUUUCCCAUCUCUUCAUCUUCACAAUACUUAAAUCACUAUUACUUAAUGUAUAUUCUCUCCUCUACAGCUUCACCUUCCCUUCAUUAAGAAACACACCUGUAUUUUUAACGAUUACAUAAUUACCUACGUUGUAAUCACACCUGUACAUAAUGCCCACAGUUAUGCUCAAGACCCUCAUUAAUGAUUACCUUAAUAAAACACACCUUAA